UAUCUGUCCGUUUGUCAUUGUCUCUGUUAAUCGCAUCUUCUUAUAAAUACUAAAAUAUUAUUUUUGAGAUCUUAAAAAAGUUUCGCAAUGAGUUAUCCAGAAAAGAAGUCAACAUUGUCACACUCACAUAACCAGAGCCAUAAUGCAGAUGCGAUUGCGGGUCCAUCAAACGACGAAUCUCCGCCGAAAAUAUUCAAAUUGAACAUCGAUUGCUUUGACGAGAUAUUUGAAUAUUUGAACGUGAAAGAUUUGCAUUCAUUCGGUCAAACAUGCAAGCGAAUGAACAAAGUGGCCGGCGAAUAUUUCAAACAAAAUUAUUCAUCGGCUGAGAAUUUCUGCGAAGAAGAUGGAAUUCACACAGUUUAUUCGGACACAGACGAUGCAAAUAUGCGCAUUCUAACAUCUGGUUUUAAUAAGCUCAUGCCCCGCAUUUCAACUGAUUAUUAUCGUUCUCUCGAUGAAUUAAAAACCGGUCCACUCAAAUAUAUUAAAUCGCACAUCAGUGAAUUUGAAUCAAUUAACCACAUUUAUCUUUGGGAUUUAUAUAUUUUUAACGAAACAGUUGAGCAUUUUAAACCAUUGUUCCCUCAACUGGAAAUUCUUCAACACCGAAACUGUUCGAUGGAUGGUGAUUUUUACGAUUUGAUACUGAAACAUUGUAAGAAUUUGAGGGAGAUUUAUGUUCAAGAUUCGCAAGUUGGUGACCGGAUAAAUGGUAAACACAACUGGUUAUUACAAGAAUAUCCAAAGCUUGAACGCUUAGAAUUGAUUCCUCGUGAAACUCACCAAAGAAGAAAUGAAGAACUACGUAAUUUUUUCGUACGCAAUCCAAAUGUACAGAGAUUUUCAACUAUCUACAAAUGUUUGUGGUACAACGCUGACACAUUCUUAAAUUCCAAUGCAAAAUUGGAUAUAUUUGAGGUCAAAAGAUUUUACACUGAAAGAUGGCCUUCCUCAUAUUAUAAGCAAACGUUAGAAUUAUUAAAUCGACUCCAUGAACAAGGCUUCUAUAAACGACUAUACAUUUACGUCAAUCGUGUUGAUGAAGAGAACAGCAUUUUAUUUGCCUCACUCAAAAGUUUCGAGUUAUUGUGCAUUGACUGGUUUGACAAGAGUUAUAAUUUAGCUCAAUUAACCAAUCUGAGAGAGUUAAUCAUUUUGGAUGUAUCGGAUGUCAAGGAUAUGGAGAUCUUAGCAAAUGGCCUUACGAAACUCGAACGUCUUUACAUUGAUUGGGCUAAAAUCGAUGACAUUAUGCCAUUCAUCUGUUGAUCACUGAAAUUGAACAAAAUCAAAUUCAUACCACUGGACAAAGGUAUGAUUUUGAAUUUGGCAAUGUUGAAUAGUGAACGUGCCAAGUUGGUCGGAGCACGAAAGAUAACGAUUUAUACGCGUGAUGAUGUCUUCUUGGCCACUAAAUGGACGACCAGAAACGGUGACACCAAUUUGAGCUUCAUUGAAAUGAGACGAUCGGAUUCAUUUGAAUGGAAUCAUCAUUAUCGACCAUAUUCAUUUUAAAAUAUAAUUUUUUUGAAAAACGAUUUUUUUUUUUAAAUCUUCAUUCAGAUCAAUAUUCCACUUAAAUUUGAAACCUUUGCAGAUUCAUGUUUGAGAAAAAGCUAUAGACAUUUAUAUAAAAAUUGAUUCAAUAAAGUUUCUUAAGUAAAUUUUUGAAUAAAGAC